AUGAGUGAACUUGAGGAGCUAAGGAAUGAAGCAUAUACAAGUUCAAAAAUCUAUAAGGAGAAGAUGAAGGCUUAUCAUGAUAAGCACAUUACGAGGAAGAACUUCAUCGAAGGUCAAAAGGUAUGACUUUUUAAUUCAAGACUUAGAUUAUUUCCUAGAAAACUUAAAUCUACAUGGGAUGGGCUGUACAUUGUUUUACAUGUUUUGGAUAAUGGGGCGAUUAAACUUCUUGAUCACAAAAAUGAUAGAUCUUUUAUUGUGAAUGGUCAACGUUUGAAACCCUAUCUUGAACAUGAUCCUCAACCAUCUAAAGAGUCUUUGCUCCUCACGAAUCCAUGAGUUUACAUGAGUCUAGCUAAAGAAAUUAAACAAAGCACUCUUGGGAGGUACCCCAAACCUUAAAUAGAUAUCCCUUUGUUUUGUUUGUUUUUGUUAUCUCUUCUUUUUUUUUUCUUCCUGUUUUCAAUCAAGUAUAGAGGAGAAGGAAUGAAGCAAAUAGUGAAAUUAGAAGCCCCACAAUGCCACAACAUCGAAACGACUCCAAAAAUUCAGGUUAUAUCCUUCCCCCUGAUCUAUGUUUUCAUAGAUGAGCAUGUAGUAUGCUUGCCAUUGAGGCCAAUGGCAUUUAAGUGGGGGGAUCAGCUAAAUUGCAUGAAAUUUGGCAAAUUUUCAAUUUUAAAGCAUGCAGAUUGCAGCAUAUUUAAUGCAACACCCUACUAUAGUACCAUUUUUCAAUGCCAUCCUUCUUAGUGGGUCCAUCUUGGAUGAGUAUGAGAGGAUGAUUAUGAUCUAGGAGGGGGAAAAAAAUUGAAAUCUUGUCCACUUGCUGUCCUCCGCAUUAAAGUUCUCCAUUGUCCUCUUAAAGUUCACUGGUUCCACCUACUUGUGUUUCCUACUAAGAAGAGCUAUUCUUCCCCAACCCCUUGGGUUUAUUUAGAGUCCUUCCCAGCCAAGUAACCUUGAAGUAUAUUAUCUUAUAAGUCCUUGGUAGCUAGCAAAAGUAUGAAGCUCCUAGAAAAUCGAAGUCCCAAAAAAAAAAAGUUAUAUCACAGAGCAAGGGUUAAGAGUGGGGUUAAAAAAAAAAAAAAAAAAGCUCAAAGUUAAAGUUAAAGUCAAAGCCUAUAAGUGCCAUGAUUUAAACUCUGCAUCUUCUAAACCUCAUUCACUCUACACCAUCUAACCUCCUUCUUAAGGCAAAAAGGUAAUGUAUGUAAAGCUUAAAGUCUGCCUACCCCAACCUUAGUGGCAAUUGAGGCUUUGAUUACUUUUCGGCAGAAAGGGAGGAUAGAAGGUUAAUAGAUACUCUUGAAGGACUUGGAGGAGUUGACCUUAAACCCUACUAAGGUUUCACAUAGUAUUUGGAUGAGAACUAAUGACUUCAUGAUGUCAAGGACCUACCACAAUUUAGAGAGCACUUAGACAAGGACUUGGUGCAUAUUCCCCACUGGCCAUAG